AUGCUACGCUCUCCGUCGGCGGCCAUCAAGCCGCCGUGUCGGGCGUUCCAAUCCCACCCCAGCGAUCUGGAGCUCGUCGACUCCUACCUCCGUCCCUGGGUCGAGACCGGCGUCAAGACCGGCGCGUUCAUCCACGACGCCGACGUGUACGCCGCCGACCCCGCCGACCUCACCCGGCAGUUCGCGCCCGCGGUGGCCGGCGACGGUGAGCGGGCGUGGUACUUCUACACCCCGCUGCGCCACAAGAGCGUCCACGGGAAGCGCAAGACGCGCACCGUGGCCACCGGCGGCGGGUGCUGGCACAACGAGGCGAAAUCGAAGCCCGUGUACAUGGUCUCCAACGGCAAGCAGCACCAGAUUGGGCACCGCCAGAGCUUCUCCUUCGUCAAGAAGGAUACCGGCGUGCGGGUCCGCACGGGGUGGCUCAUGAUAGAGCUCCGCCUCCUCAAGAACGGCGGCGCUGGGCAGAAACCGGAGGCGGAGGCGGAGGAGGAGGAGGAGGGCGCCCUCAGAAAUCGCGUCCUGUGCAAGGUGUACCGCAGCCCGCGCAACCCAGAGCCGAGCGGCAGCGGGGCCACGGCGGCGGCGGCGUCGGCCGGGCACAAGGCGGAGGCCGACGACGACGAAUCUAGCGACGCAACGUUGGAUGACGACUACUACGACGACGACAGCUCCAACGCGUCGCUAGAGGCGGCAUCUGGACCCAAGAGGAGGAGACCCGACGACGUGGAAUCCAGCGAAGCGACGGUUGCGGCGCCCAGUCGCCAUAGCAAGGCGAACGACGAGAUCCCCGGCGGGGCCGCGGCGGCGCCCGGACGCAAGGAGAAGGCGGAGAUCGGCGAGGACUCCGUCGAGACGUCCGCGGCGGCCCCUCCGCGCAAGAGGAAGGCCUUGGACGACGAGAGCUCCGGCGCGGCUGUGCCGGCGCGCAAGAAAAAGGCCGACGGCAGCAGCUCCCCUCGCGCUCCAGUUUCUGCGACGGAAAUGCAGUGCCCUCAGUGCGGCACCCAUCUGGUGGUCACUCUGAAAAGGGCCGAGUCCAAAUCGGAGACCGCGAUCGCGAAGGACGAGUCGGCCCUCGGCGCGUCCGGCGCUCCUCAGCGAGGCGAGACGCGUGCUUCUUCACAGAAGAAUGUUCGGUUCCAUCAGUUCCUGUGA